AAGAGGGUCGCCGCUGUGCAGGUGCAGGUGCAGGGUAUGGAGGGCGACUGGCGCGCCUACUGCGAGCAUCCGCUCUCCGUGGCGACCGCAGCAAUGCUAAACCUGCAGCAACAGCACCAGGUGUCGGCGGUGGCCAGCCACGGAGAUGAUCCCUCCGCCUCGUACGUAUACGAGUACUACAAGCUGCCCGAGAAGACGACGGCGGACGUCAAGCUGCCGCCCACACACGAGCUUUGGUCCACGGGUGUGAUGGGCCAGAAGCUGCUGGUGCAAGAGGCGCCUGGCUCCGGUUCCGCCUCGACGAAUCGCAUGGAAGGCGGCGAAGGCGCCGGAGGGGGGGAGCUUCACCACUUCCUCCAUCAGUACAACCAGCAGUCCCACAGUCCCGGCCAGAGCCUGCAGGGUGGCCUUCCGCUUCCGCUGAGCCCGCAGUCCCUGCGACACGACGGUGCCUCGAGCGCCGGCAUCGCCGGGGUCAAGAGGGAGCCAGAGGACCUCAGCUCGUCGCGCGGCGGCCAGCAGUCCAACAAACGGCACAAACAGGCGCAGCCGGAUAGCCCGACACCGCCGGGAAUGUACCAUCAUCAUCAUCAUCAACCGCUACAGGUGCAGCAAUACGGCAGUCCCUACGACCCCUACUCAUCAUGCAGUCCGCGGCUGCAGUCGGCCGGAUAUACGUCCACGUCGGCGACCGGGACGGCGAAUGCGGCGAACCCGGGCGGCCUCCAUCAGGAGGCUACGACAGUCUACGUCGCCGGCGACACCCUGCCACCGCUCGCGUCGUCAAGUUCGUCCUCAUUGUCCACCACGACCGCUUCGUACACGAGGUACGAGGUUGUGCCGAGCUCAUAUGCUACGACACACGCGAUACGCUCGUCGUCGAGCAGCAGCAAAGUGCUGACCGUUGAUCUUCCCAGCCCUGAUUCCGGUAUAGGCGCGGACGCGGUCACACCCAGGCAGGAUCAUCAUCCGCCCACGGCGCUUCAUCAGUCAUCGUUUGACUACACGGAACUAUGCCCCGGCGGGACGACAGCCGGAGCGGCGGUGGUCCUCGAGAGCGGCGCCGUGAUACACCACCAACCCCUACAGCUACAGCUGCAGCAGAGCCACGCGCAGGCACAGGUGCAACGAAGCGGCCUCGUGUCCGCAGGUGCGACGAAUCCGAAUCCGAAUCCGAAUCCACCGAGGUCGCGGCCUUGGCACGAUUUUGGCAGACAGAACGAUGCCGACAAGAUCCAGAUACCGAAAAUUUUCUCGCCCUACGGAUUUAAGUACCACCUGGAGUCGCCAAUCAGCACGUCGCAGCGACGCGAGGACGACAGAAUAACGUACAUCAACAAGGGCCAAUUCUACGGGAUCACGUUGGACUACGUGCCCGAUCCCGACAAGCCACUCCUCAAGGCAGGACAGACAGUCAAG